GUUUGUGUAACAGAACUGUUCGUAACUAACUACCAAACACUUUUCACUGGGGUUGUUUUCCACGAGCAAAGGCUGUGUUUCGCUUCGAAGCAGGGAUGGGUAGUAUUUCAUCAGCACCAGUUGCACCAGACUCAGGUGCCAGUGUUGCAGUUGUCACCCAGAUUCCUUCUGCUGGUUGUCCAGUCCAGCACAGUACACCAGCACCAUCAGUCAGUGAAUGUCCCGCCCAUCAAAGCAGCAAUGUAAAGGUACAAGCUAGCCAGUGUCCUAUCAGCGGAGGAGCUGGCUGUGACAGUGCUGCUCUUGAUAAUAGUUCAGAUGCCUUGGAUCCAAGUAACAUGAUGCCACCACCAAACCAACAGCCCUCUUCAGGCCAGCCCUUUCCUCUGCCAAUAAAUCGCCAGGUGUCUUCCAUCCCUAGAGGGGGCACUGGCAAGGAUGAGAACUGGGUCUAUCCAUCUCAGCAAAUGUUUUGGAAUGCCAUGUUACGCAAGGGUUGGAAAUGGCAGGAGGAUGAAGUACAGGCCAAUGAUAUGGCAAACAUCAUCAGGAUUCACAAUGCUAACAAUGAGAGUGCAUGGCAGGAAAUACUGAAAUGGGAAGCACUUCAUGCAAAUGAGUGUGGGACACCCAGACUGCUCAGUUUUAAAGGGAAGGCAAAAGAGUUUUCUCCAAGAGCAAGAAUACGGAAUUGGCUGGGUUACGAGCUUCCAUUUGAUCGCCACGACUGGGUUGUCGAUCGCUGCGGUCGGGAAGUCCGAUAUAUUAUCGAUUACUACGAUGUGGGAGACGAAGAGGCUUACAAGCGAGGAGAAUUCGUUGCCCUUGAUGUUCGACCAGCUAUGGAUUCGUUCCAAGCGGUUUUAGACCGUGCGAGGAUCGCAGUACUUCGAUGGACGCUCUAUUUUAGAAGUGGAAACGAUGAAUAAAUGGAAAAUAAUUUUUAAGGGAACAGAAUACUUGGUGUUGUACGAAGGGAGACAUGAAGAAGAACGGAAAUGAAACAGAGGAAUUACAGAUAUUUUUACAAAAGCUGAGCUCAUAGAAAGGAUAUUGAUCUUUACUUGAAGCUGUUUAUUUAACUGAAUACUGCGAAGUAAUUCAAAAUUAUAGAGUGACAAGUGAGUUUUUACGCUGUUCUUGUGUACUUCAUUGUCACAAGGAGAGGACAGUUUUUUUUUGUACCGCCAGAGUUCCGUUUCAUUUACUAUCGUUGCAUAAUUUAUUGUACAUAUCCAUGUUUAUGACAUGGGAAGUUGAAUAAAGUUUCAGAGUAAGAAUUUGAAGAAA